AUCAAGGUGGAGGCUGUGAUUUUCGGUCCUAGCGUCUCGCAUCUUAAGCUGCGGAGCAAGCUGUUGUUUGUAGAUCUGUCCCAGAUCGCCUUCUUCCUGGUGUUUACGAUCGUCGAGAGUGCUUCCCUUGGCUGUGCCGUGCCGUGGUGUCGCUUCUCCUCUUCUGCUCGGACUCAUUUUUUCCAAGAUCUCUCUUGGUCUAACCGUCCCGUUUCGGCUCGUGUCUGCCGGAGUCCUGGGUUUCACUGUGUCGGGUUGUUCGCCUUGAGGACAGCUUACUCCCACACGCCGGAAGCCUCUGUCCACUCCGUGCGUGUCGAUUUCGUGUGUUGGAGUUUCAAUCGAAAGGCUUUCUUUGGCUCUUUGGAUGGUUUGGCAGCCUCCUGUUGGGGUUUCGACCCUUUUGAGCUUCUGAUUCCUCAGCCUCUCUUUUGUGGCCCUCCUUCGCAUAGGUUUUCAGAGCAUGGCUUCAGUUGGCGCUUUUUGUCUUUUCUCUUUCGUCGAGCCUUGUCUUUUUUGGAGUUUCAUGUCUCUGUUGGCAUCUUCUGCUUGUGGACAGCAGCAGGAUUAUUAGGAGCGUGUUUCUCUCGUGGCGGGUCAGGAUCCCUCGUCGAAUCAGUAGCUCAAUUUGCUUCUUGUGUAGCUGCUGUGGUGGUUGAUAAGGUGAGGUUUUAGUUAUCGGUGGUAGCUUGCUCUCCUCUCCUUUUGAGAUCUCCGCAAGUAUUUCAAUUCUUUGGUGUAUUUCAAGGCAUGUUCUCUGUUGUGGCUUCCCGUUGAUUUCGCUUUUGUUUGAAGAUUGCUUUGCUUUGCGUUUCUUGCCUCUUGCUUGCGGUUUGACUGUGCUUUAGAGGAGCUAGUAGGGCUAUUGGCUUCAGGU